AUGACGUCACAACAAGCCCGGCCCCCGGCAGGCUCCGCCCCUGGCGUUGCCGGGACGCGCAGGCGCAGCUCAGUCCUGUUCUGGACGCGGAGCGGAGCGGACGGCGAAGGCGAGGGGAGGAGUCAGUGGGCCGAGCCGAGCGCGAGCGACCGCAGCGAAGGGCGGGACUUGAGGAGGAGGCGCGGGAAGCGUGUGUGGUGGUGGAGAGGGAGAGGCCGAGAGACCGGCGCGACCUCGAGGCGGUGGCACGUGCGGCGACACGCCAUGGCGGGCACGGCGAAGCCGAGGGAGCUGCUGAAAGCGCGGCGGGACGCGGGCAAGGCCGGGGCGCUGGUCCGGCUGCUGAGCACCUCGGCCACGAAGGUGCUGCUGCACAAGAUCGAGUUCCAGCCCGCCAGCCACGGCUUCUCCGGCCAGCCGGAGCUGCUGCGGGCCAAGUACCUGCUGCUCAACCCCCGCACCGAGCCCGCCGAGCACCCCCGCGGCGCUGAGGAGGGACAGCCGGGCAAGCAGGGCAGCGACCGGACCCCGGGGCGCCUCGGGGACGGCGUCCCUGCACCCCAGAAGGGGCUGUUCCCUGCAGGGCGCCUCGCCAUGCAGUGGCAGCGUGUCCAGCGCAUCGGCGCCGGGCUGCUCAACCUGGGAAACACCUGUUUCCUCAACGCCACCCUGCAGUGCCUCACGUACACGCCACCGCUCGCCAACUACCUGCUCUCCAGGGAGCACAGCCGCACCUGUCACCAAAGCGGCUUCUGCGUGACAUGCGUCAUGCAGAACCACGUCACGCAGGCGUUCGCGAACAGCGGCAGCGUGAUAAAGCCAGUGUCCUUUGUCCGAGACCUCAAGAAGAUCGCCCCGCACAUCCGCUUGGGCAGGCAAGAGGACGCACACGAGUUCCUCCGUUUCACCAUCGAUGCCAUGCAGAAGGCCUGCCUGCCCGACUGCACCGAGUUGGAUCGCCAGACCCAAGCCACCACCCUGAUCCACCAGAUCUUUGGCGGUUCCCUGCGGUCCCGUGUGAAGUGCUCGAUGUGCAAAGCAGUCUCGGACACCUUUGACCCCUGUCUGGACCUGCCGGUGGAGAUCACGCAAGCCGCAAACGUAGAGCAGGCACUGGAGCUGUUUGUGAAGCCAGACCUGCUGGGCGGAGAGAACGCCUACCUGUGUGACAAAUGCAAGAAGAAAGUGUCGGCAACCAAACGCUUCACCAUCCACCGAGCGCCCAGGGUUCUCACGCUUGCUUUGAAGCGUUUUGCCGACUUCACCGGAGGCAAGAUCACAAAGGACGUGGGCUACCCUGAGCUCCUGAACAUCCGCCCGUACAUGUCCCAGACCAGCGGGGAUCCGGUAAUGUACGGGCUCUACGCGGUGCUGGUGCACUCGGGGUACAGCAGCCACUCAGGACACUACUACUGCUACGUGAAGGCCAGCGACGGGCAGUGGUACCAAAUGAAUGACAACGUGGUCCGCCCCAGUAACAUCAAGGUGGUCCUUAACCAGCAGGCGUAUGUGCUGUUCUACCUCAGGUGA